CUAUAGUUAUUGCGGGAAUUGUGAAAUGAUCUAGACAAGUUUUUUUUUAUUAAACUUUCAUACAAACUACCAUGAUACCAUUUUUUGUAUCAUGCAUUAUAAAUUGCUGAUUUCUAAAUGUUUGAAUAAAUGUCCGUUAUUGGGUUUCUAGAGAUUAGAGCAGAGUUUUCAAUCGAUUAAAUAAUUUGCAAGGCCAUCACUAUUGAACAGCUGUCAGAACCACACACAUUUAAUAGAAAGAAUAGAAAAAAACAAGUAAAGUGAAAAAUCCGAAGCAGCAGCUGGGCAAAGUUGGACAAUAGAAAAAACAAAAAUUGGAUAAAAUACGUAAAAAAUUUAUUGAUAUAACAUAUAAUAAUUGAAAUUGCGUAUAUUAUUGCGCAAAACAAUUCAAAAAGUGUUUAAUAAAGUGACAGAGCCAACGAAACCCGCCAUGGAUUUGCUAAAUUCAAUACUCAAUUCAAUGGAAAAACCUCCUGCAGCUACAGAGCAACAGAAAAAAAUGAUCAAAAAACAAAAAGAACUCGCAGAGCGCAUAAAAAACAAACAAAAAGAAGAAUUAAAUCGAUUUCGUAAAUAUGUAGAAGAGCGUAUCGGACGAUUUGCUAAGGAUGAUCGUCCACAUAUUGAAUUUCAACCGCUGGACAAGGUGCAUCGUGCCAUAAUACAUGAGGUAGCUGAAUUUGGUGGUUUUAUUGCAAUGAGUUUUGGUCGCGAAGACAUUGAUCGUCACUCCGUUGUUUAUAAAAAGGAAAAUGCUCCGACAGAAGAUGAAAUAGCUGCACGUCGCAAUGGCGAUGGAUGGAAUGAGGAGAUUGCCAAAGAAUAUGCCGAGCGGAGAAAGCAACAACGAGAGCUGGAAAGUGAACAAAAAAGACUGGCACGUGCUUCCACUCAACCGCCACCACCUACCAUUGAGUCUGACAUUAAGCCAACGAGCAAUUAUAAAGAUAAAUAUGCACAUCUCAUCGGGCAAGAAGCUGCCUUAGAGGCUGCGCGAAAAACUGAAACAAAUCAAAGUUAUGGUUUUGUCCCAAGUAAAAAUAAGAAGGAUAUGCGAUCUAUUGAACAAACAUUAGCCGAUAUACAGGCAAAGAAGAAACGUAAAUUAGAGCAGCAGCAACAACAACAACAGACUGUUAGUCCUAAUCAAAAGGAACAACAGCAAACCGUGGAGCCAGGAGUUGACAAGACCGCUGGUGGUGAAGAUCAGUGAUAACUCUAGCGAUUAAAUUUUAUCGACUAUAAUAUAUAUAAAUGCUUGUAAAAACGACUGCUUUGUGUCUUUGCAAUAAAUUGCAAUAUUUUUACUAUUUAUGAGAUCACAACUGAAUUGUUAACUAUUUGAAAUGGUAUUGAAUAAGAUCACAAAAAUACAUAAAUUAUGGUGAAAACAUAAUGAAGCGUUAUAAUUGCAAUAUUAUAUACAUUAUAAGAUAUAUUAAAAUACUUGUAUGUUUAUGAAGUCGUUAAAUACAUGAAUAUAUGUAUAUCAGAAAUACAUGUGAAAAAAUAAAAAGAAAAUAAGUGGUAAUUUCUACUAAUUUUUCGGAUUAGUAACGAUUUGAUAAUUUAAAAAAGAAAUCGUAAUAACGGUUCUUUGAAAUUUAAUAAAGAGUUUUUGUUG